AGGUGGUUUAUUGCUAGUUUAACUAAUACCAAAACACUAAGUGAAGUCACAUUAAAUUGGCUUGAGCAUUUCUACAGUAUGCAGGUUAUCUGGCUGUAUGGGGGUGCAUGGUCUGACGAGCUAUGUGGAGGGCAACAGAGAAUUCUUUCAGGACGUGAGGUUCAAGGAGAGUCGGCUGAUCAUCGACGGAUGUAGUCUGUUUUUUCGUCUGUACUUUAAUUAUGGGUUGGACCAGCAACAUGGAGGAGAUUAUGAUGCUUUCUCUGGCCUGCUCUCGGAGUUUCUGUCAGCGCUGUCUGCCUGCAGGAUACAGCCCUACGUGGUGCUGGACGGAGGUAUGGAUGCCAGUGAUAAGAAGUUCUCCACCCUGAGGCAGCGCCUGCAGAGCAAGAUCAAAGAGGCGGACUCUCUGGCCCACGGUCGCCAUGCCUCAGUCCUCCCGCUCCUCACCAGUCGUGUCUUCGUCCAGGUCCUCUCCCAGCAAGGUGUACCAUUGGUUCAGUGCCCGGCUGAAGCAGACCUGGAAAUUGCUUGUCUGGCCAAUGAGUGGGGCUGUCCAGUUCUGACCAAUGACAGCGACUUUUUCAUUUUUGACCUGCCAGGUGGCUAUCUGCCAUUCCGUUUCUUCCAGUGGACUAACGUGAAUGGAAAAGGCCCCGACCGGUUCAUCUCCGCUCGCUGCUACACCGUUAACAGGUUGUGCAAGCGCUUCGGUGGCAUGAACCGAGAGCUGCUUCCUCUGUGCGCCGUGCUGGCUGGUAACGACUAUGCCACGCCCAAGGGCACAGACACGCUCCUCUCCCUGCUGCACCUGAGCAGGGCGGGGGGGAACGGGGGACAUCGGAAGACCCCCCCACCUCUUAUCGAGGGCCUCAUUAUCUGGCUGUCCUCCUUCAGAGGGGUAGGGGAGGCGCUGGAGGAGGUGGGGAGGGUGAUGGGGGGAGGUGGGAGGGGGAGGGGUGGAGGGCGAGGUGGAGGGCGAGGUGGAGGAGGGAGCGAUGACCUCAGCGCCCUCCUCUUGGAGGGUAUGAAGGAAUACCACCUCACCCCACACAGCUCUCUGGGUCGGUGGUUCUCAGGAGGUCUGGAGGUACCACUAGGGGGGCAGAGUGCUGGCUCUAACCCCACGCCGGAGUGGUUUUCCAGGGCAGCCUGGCGUGGAGCGCUGUCAUCAAUGUUGCUGGACGUCCUGAUGCUCAGAAGGGUCCUACUCAUGCCACAGGUGGAGAACAGCCGACUACCCAGCAGCCACUGCACCGCACAACCCAUACGGCAGGCUCUGUAUGGGAUCCUCCUUCAGGGGGACCCACCAGAGGGCGCCAAGCAGGGGGAAUUAAACAGAAGUAGUGGACAAGGAGGCAGCAACAAGGAGGCUCUGAGCCAAGGAAAAAAUAUAAGGGAAGAAGGGGGCUUAGGAAAGAGAGGUGGGAGGGGGCAGGGGGAGAGAGGGAGGGGUGUUGGUCAGGGUGGUCUGGGUCGUGGGCAGGAGCAGGGGUGUUGGGGGAAGGAGAACCAGGUAGGAGCUCAGGGGUGUGGUGGAGGAGGAGGGGCGGGUGGUGGCGGGAGUGCUCCGCCCCCUGUCUAUGUGGAGGAGUAUGACAGGCAGGAGCUGAACCUGAGGCGGAGUCAGGUGAAGUCCGAGCCACCCAGGACCCAGCUGCACUUGGACACUCUUGACAAGGCUCCUCUCCCUCAGCGACUGGGGGUCCUGUAUGAGGUGUUGAGGGUGAACACGUCAGCCCUGACUGGGGUGCCUCCUCACCUUAGACUGCCUGUGGCUGUAACAGGCUUCUGGAUGAGAGAGGCAAGCUCUGCUCCCUCUCUGCCCCAGCUACAGGCUCUGUUGCUGGGCAUGAUCCAUGGGGAGGUGGCCCGCAACAACCAGCCUGGAGUUCGCCAGACAGCAGAGCAAAGCAUCUGGGCGGGCCUGGAACGACAGCGUAUGCGGCAGGGGGAGAGGCGUGGCCUGGAUAUGGGAGUAGCUCACAGUUUCAGCCAAUGGCAAGCCUGCCUCUGGAGCACGCUCUGUCUGAACCAGGUGCUGUUUCUCCCCCUGCCAGAACCCUGCAUUGCUUGGUUGUUCAGUGGCACUUUGGUGCAUGGCUUAGUUCGUUGUCUCAAGGGAGGUCGCCCUGCUGAGUCUUUCCUGGUCGGGGCUCCUCACUCUUGGCAGCUUUACUGCACCCUGCUGGCUGCAGUGGGGAACUGCAACACUGGAACCGUACCUUCCUUUUCUUCAUCAGAGAGGGGAAGGAGGAGGGGGGGGAGUCAGCAGGGGAGCAGAGGGAGGGGGAUACGAGGAGGAAGAAGGGGAAGAGGAGGACGAGGAGGUGGACAGAGAGGUCCUCCCACACAGGAGAUCAACAACCGCUUUGCUCUGCUGAUGAGUGAGGAAGAAGAGGAUAAUUAUGAAUGAUAUUCACAAUGCACUUUUUUAAAAUGGAUUAACUUCUCCAGGAUUAAAUUCCUGUAUUAUUUUUAACUUGUCAGUUUCAGUGAGGGGUUUAUGUAGCAUGUAAAGCUUUUAUUGGGGAAAAGCAGAUGAUGUUCUGCAGAGGAGAGGAGACAGAAAACUGAAGCCUUUUUAUUGACUGUGAACUAGCUUCUAUAGCAGCUCAAGUCAUCUAAACAACCACCUCUUUUGGUCUUCUAUUUUAUGCAGCUUUCUUCAUAUUGUAAUGAAAUGUAUAAAUCUAUUGAAAGUCUCAAUUUUUAGAACCGGUAUAGAUUUUGUACUUUGUAUUGUUUUUUUUUAAGAUGCAAACAACUCCAGAAUUAUUGGCACCCCUGGCAAAGAUAAAUAAAAAAUGUUAGAACAAUUUUUGUAAUUUAGAUCAAUGUCACAUUGAAAAAAAAAGAGAACCGACCUUCAAUUAAUUUAUUUUGGAGGAAAAAGAGUCUGUUUGAUUCUUUUUAAUGAAACCAUGUGUGCCACAAUUAUUGGCCCCCCUACAUUUCCUGCUUUGUACAACCUCUCUUUGUCAAUAAAACAGCACUUAGUCUUCUCCUUAAUAUCUAUUAAGAUAGGAGACUACACAGCUAGGAAUCUUGGAGCAUUCUUGACAGAAUCUCUCCAGAUCAUCCAUCGUCCUAGAUCCUCACUUGUGCACUCUCUUCAGCUCGGCCCACAGCAUUUCUAUGGUGUUUAGAUCAGGAGACUGAGAUAGCUAUGGCAGCAAACUGAUUGUGUUCAGUUAACCAUGUAUUUCUUGAUGUGGACAUGUUUAGGAUCCCUGUCCUGCUGAUGGAUCCAACAAAAACCCAGUUUGAGUUUCCUGUCAGAGGCAGCCAGAGUCACUUGGAUUAUCUGUAUUUCAUGGAGUUCAUGGUGCCUUGUACUCUAACACGGUGCCCAGGGCUUUGGAGGAAAAACAGCCAAACAUCACAUCAACUCCUUCAUACUUAACUGUGGGGAUCAGGUUUUCAAUAGCCAUCCUUUUUUAAAUGCCAACUUUCAGA